AUGCUUCGACCACAAUAUACCCGUAGACCUUUUGAGUUGAUGAUCUUGGGUCGCCCUAACUCAGGCAAACGUACUUUAUCUGAUCAACUCCUUAAAGUGAAAGAUGUCUUUUUCUCCAUUAAUAUUGCAGAAGAUGUACCUCAAAGAGAUCUAGACAGAAUUGACUAUGUACUGAUUCUUGUUGAUUUGACUCAAGAAGAGAGUUUAUGGUUACUUGAUCAGUCUCUACAUCAAAUGAAUGCACGCUUCUUGGUCAAGAAAUCAUCGGUUGUUGUCACAAAAUUUGAUAAGCUUAAGUCAAGAGAGAUCGAUAUUGAACAAGUCAAGUCAGUUGUGACAUCAUUCUUUGAUGUGCCUUUGUUUUAUGUCAAUCUAAGUAAUCAAAUAGAAAAAACACGCUUAUGUUAUCAAUUGACACGUAAAAUCAAGACAGAAACACUUCAGUUAAAACAAAUCAAUACAUCUUUACUUCGAUGCCUUGAAAUCUAUGAUUCCACUGAUGAAGAAGAAGAAUCAGAACAUAGUAUCCUAUCAGAAAGAAUGGAGCCAAUCACAUAA